UUUUCGCAGGGUGUGAAGAAGUUCGACGUGCCCUGCGGAGGGAGAGACUGCAGCGGCGGCUGCCAGUGCUACCCCGAGAAAGGAGGCCGUGGUCAGCCCGGGCCAGUGGGCCCCCAAGGCUUCAGCGGGCCGCCAGGACUGCAAGGAUUCCCAGGGCUGCAGGGCCGCAAAGGUGACAAGGGCGAGCGAGGCGCCCCUGGGACGCCGGGACCCAAAGGAGACGUGGGCCCGAGAGGAGUUUCUGGAUUCCCCGGCGCCGACGGAAUUCCCGGACAUCCAGGCCAGGGCGGGUCCAGAGGGAGGCCCGGCUACGACGGCUGCAAUGGGACCAGAGGCGACUCGGGCCCGCAGGGACCCUCCGGCUCUGAGGGCUUCCCCGGCUCACCCGGGCCCCAAGGACCUAAAGGCCAGAAAGGCGAACCUUAUGCCCUGCCUCCAGAGGAACGUGACAGAUACAGGGGUGAAACCGGAGAGCCUGGGUUGGUCGGCUUCCAGGGACCUCCCGGCCGCCCCGGGCCUAUAGGGCCGAUGGGUCCAGUCGGAGCUCCCGGAAGACCAGGACCCCCUGGACCGCCCGGGCCAAAAGGACAGCCGGGCAACCGAGGACUUGGUUUUUAUGGAGAAAAGGGUGAAAAGGGCGACCAGGGCCUGCCAGGACCCAACGGGAUCCCCUCGGACACCACCCACCCCGCUGUGGCACCCACAAGUUCAACCAUCCUCCCGUACAAGGGUGAAAAGGGCAGCCAGGGAGAACCCGGGACAAAAGGCAUCUCGUAUAAGGGCGAAGAGGGGAUCGUGGGCUUCCCAGGAACGCGGGGGCCUCCGGGCUUAGAUGGAGAGAAGGGAUUCCCAGGACAGAAGGGAAACAGAGGCCUGGAUGGCUACCAAGGCCCCGACGGAGCCCAGGGAUUGAAGGGAGAAUCAGGUGACCCCGGACCCCCAGGACCACCCGCCUACUCGCCUCAUCCGGCCCUGGCCAAAGGUGUCAGAGGAGACCCAGGAUUCCAGGGGAUUUAUGGGGAGCCAGGAAGCAGGGGCGUGCCAGGAGACCCCGGCCCACCAGGCCUGCCCGGCCUGCCCGCCGGAGACCACGGUGACAGAAGAGGCCUGCUCGGCGAGAUGGGACCCAAAGGCUUCGCUGGAGAGCCGGGCAUCCCCGCACGCACGCCGGGCCCAAAGGGCGCUGAUGGAAGGCCAGGCCUGGCAGGACCCCCCGGGCCUGCCGGGCCCCCCGGACCAGACGGCUUCCUGUUCGGCCUGAAAGGAACACAGGGCAGCCGGGGCUACCCAGGGCAUUCCGGCUUCCCGGGGAUGCGAGGGCAGAAGGGAUGGAAAGGUGACACCGGGGACUGCAGAUGUGGCGGAGAUCAGUUCAUCCCUCUUCCAGGGCUGCCAGGACUCAAAGGUUUCCCAGGUGCCAACGGGGAGCCCGGCAGAAAAGGGGAGCCAGGAGACCCAGGCCAGCAUGGCAUCCCUGGGUUCCCAGGGUUCAAGGGAACCCCCGGCAGCGUCGGAGCCCCGGGCCCUAAGGGAGCAAAAGGCGAUUCCAGGAUGGUCACCACCAAAGGCGAGAAGGGACAGCCUGGUGUCCCCGGCCUGCACGGCAUGAAAGGUGACGACGGGACCCCCGGCCGUGACGGUCUGGACGGCUUCCCCGGCCUUCCGGGCCCCCCUGGCGAUGGCAUCAAAGGCACCCCAGGAGACGCUGGUUACCCGGGAGUUCCUGGAGCCAAGGGUGUCCCAGGAGAGAUGGGACCCCCAGGACUGGGCUUGCCGGGCCCCAAGGGCGAGCAGGGCUUCCCCGGAGACGCAGGGUUCCCCGGGCCCCCGGGCUUGCCCGGUCCUCCCGGCCCCCAAGGCAGCCCAGGACAGACAGACUGUGACACAGGCGUGAAGAGGCCCAUCGGAGGUGACAGACAGGAGUCCGUGCAGCCAGGUUGCGUCGGAGGCCCCAAGGGAUCGCCCGGCCUGCCCGGCCCUCCUGGGGCCCCAGGUGACAAAGGCCCCAGAGGGGCCCCUGGACUCUCCGGAGAGGACGGACCACGAGGGCUCAAGGGCUUCCCCGGAGACCCAGGCCGCGAAGGGUUCCCGGGACCCCCAGGGUUCAUGGGACCCCGAGGAUCCAAAGGUGCGGUGGGCCUCCCUGGCCCCGACGGAUUCCAGGGCCCUAAUGGCCUGCCAGGCCCUGCAGGGGCCCCUGGGGACAGGGGCAUUCCCGGAGAGGUCCUGGGGGCCCAGCCCGGGCCCCGGGGGGACGCUGGGCUGCCUGGACACCCUGGCCUGAAAGGCGUCCCUGGAGAGCAAGGAGCCCCUGGAUUCAGAGGGAGCCAGGGGAUGCCCGGGAUGCCGGGGCUGAAGGGCCAGCUGGGCUUCCCAGGACCCUCCGGCCAGCAGGGACUGCCGGGACCUCCAGGACUGCACGGAUUCCCAGGAGCUCCCGGCCCAGAGGGGCCGUUGGGGCUGCCCGGUGUCCCGGGCAGGGAAGGUCUGCCCGGGGACAGGGGCGACCCCGGUGACACAGGCGCCCCAGGCCCUGUGGGGAUGAAAGGUCUCGCUGGGGACAGAGGCGACGCGGGCGCAGCGGGCGAUCGGGGCCAACCAGGAACGCCCGGGUUUAAAGGAAUGGUUGGGAUGCCCGGCAGCCCCGGGCGAAAAGGGGACAGAGGCUCGCCAGGCAUGGACGGCUUCCAGGGCAUGAUCGGGCUCAAGGGAAGGCCGGGGCUCCCGGGCACCAAGGGCGAGGCCGGGCUUUCUGGGCUGCCCGGUGUGAGGGGCCCGCCCGGCCAGCGUGGCGGGAAAGGCACCCGCGGGGACCCCGGCCCCCCAGGCCCUCCUCCCGUCAUCCUGCCGGGGAUGAAGUACAUUAAGGGAGAGAAAGGCGACGAAGGGCCCAUGGGGCUGAAAGGCCACCUGGGCUUGAAAGGUGUCCAAGGCAUGCCGGGGGUCCCAGGGCAGGCAGGAGUCCCAGGGCUGCCCGGAAGGCCAGGCUACAUCAAAGGCAUCAAAGGCGACAUCGGCCUACCUGGCUCCCCCGGCCUGCCGGGCUUCCCCGGCGUGGUCGGCCCGCCCGGGAUCAUCGGCUUCCCAGGCUUCACAGGCAGCCGGGGGGACAAGGGCACUCAGGGAAGAACAGGCCUGUACGGGGAGGUCGGCCAGCCUGGGGACUUCGGGGACAUUGGGGACACCAUCAACCUACCCGGAAGCCCAGGCCUGAAGGGAGAGCGAGGCGUCACCGGGACCCCGGGUCUGAAGGGAUUCUUCGGAGAAAGAGGCACCCAGGGUGAGGUCGGCUUCCCUGGCAUCACGGGCCUGGCUGGACCCCAGGGUCCGCCUGGAAUCAAAGGACAGACAGGUUUCCCGGGACUAACGGGGCUUCAGGGGCCGCAGGGGGACCCAGGACAGAUCGGAUUCCCCGGGCAGAAAGGAGACGAUGGCUGGCCCGGCAUGCCAGGCUUGCCAGGUUUCCCAGGACUGCGCGGCAUCAGCGGACUGCAUGGCCUGCCGGGCCCCAAGGGCUCCCCCGGGUCCCCAGGUGCUGACAUGCCCGGAGACCCAGGCUUUCCCGGCCCCAUCGGGGACAGAGGUGACCCCGGAGAGCCCAACUCCUCCCCAGGGCCCACGGGCGUCCCUGGACAGAAGGGCGAGCAGGGAGCUCCAGGGGAGCGAGGCCCAGCAGGGAGACCCGGGAUACAAGGCUUCCCCGGCAUUAGCCCUGCGUCCAACAUCUCCGGGCUGCCCGGGGACACCGGGUCGCCAGGGAUCUUCGGCCUGAAAGGUUACCCAGGCCCCCAGGGCCCCCCCGGCCCCGCCGCCCUGCCUGGAAGCAAAGGGGACACUGGGAGUGCCGGUGCUCCAGGCGUCCCAGGGACCAAGGGAUGGGUCGGAGACCCAGGGCCCCAGGGCCGGCCAGGCGUGUUCGGUGUCCCGGGAGAGAAAGGGCCCCGGGGCGAACCCGGCCUAAUGGGCAAUACCGGGCCCACCGGGGCUGUGGGCGACAGAGGCCCCAAGGGACCCAAAGGAGACCAGGGAUUUCCCGGAGCCCCCGGUUCUGUGGGGUCCCCCGGGAUUGCUGGAAUCCCCCAGAGGAUCUCGGCUCCAGCUGGCACGAUGGGGCCCGAGGGCAGGAGGGGUUCUCCCGGGGCACAGGGGGAGAUGGGGCCACAGGGGCCCCCCGGAGAACCAGGUUUCCGUGGAGUGCCAGGGAAGCCUGGGCCCCAGGGGCGCGGUGGCGUGUCUGCUUUGCCCGGGUUCCGGGGAGACCCAGGGCCCGUGGGGCAACAGGGCCCGAUCGGCCAAGAAGGGGAGCCGGGCCGCCCAGGGAGCCCGGGGCUGCCGGGCAUGCCGGGCCGCAGCGUCAGCAUUGGCUACCUGCUGGUGAAGCACAGCCAGACCGACCAGGAGCCCAUGUGCCCGGUGGGCAUGAACCGGCUGUGGAGCGGCUACAGCCUGCUGUACUUCGAGGGCCAGGAGAAGGCCCACAACCAGGACCUGGGGCUGGCUGGCUCCUGCCUGGCUCGCUUCAGCACCAUGCCCUUCCUCUACUGCAACCCCGGCGACGUCUGCUACUACGCCAGCCGCAACGACAAGUCCUACUGGCUGUCCACCACCGCCCCGCUGCCCAUGAUGCCCGUGGCCGAGGACGACAUCAAGCCCUACAUCAGCCGGUGCUCCGUGUGCGAGGCCCCGGCCGUGGCCAUCGCAGUGCACAGCCAGGACGUGUCCAUACCCCACUGCCCGGCCGGCUGGCGCAGCCUGUGGAUCGGGUACUCCUUCCUCAUGCACACCGCAGCCGGGGAUGAAGGCGGCGGCCAGUCGCUGGUGUCCCCGGGCAGCUGUCUGGAGGACUUCCGCGCCACGCCGUUCAUCGAGUGCAACGGGGGCCGAGGGACCUGCCACUACUUCGCCAACAAGUACAGCUUCUGGCUGACCACCAUCCCCGAGGCCAGCUUCCAGGGCUCGCCGUCGGCCGACACGCUCAAGGCCGGCCUCAUCCGCACGCACAUCAGCCGCUGCCAGGUGUGCAUGAAGAACCUGUGAGGGCCGAGGCGGCCGGCGUGGUGCUCACCCCUCUUACCUCGGACGCCGGCCCGGGCCCAGCCCCGUCCCCGAACCCGCCCGCCCGCCCACGCACAGGGACACCGGCCGGGUAGAGACCGCAGGACCAGGUGCAGCCCCGCCCGCCCAUCCCAUCUCGCCUCCCUGCACCGCGGCAGCUGUGACUCCCUCACCUCCGGGCUGGCUGGGCUGCGGGCUCCCUGUCCCCAGCCCCCGGCCCCCGGCCCCGGCCCUGCAGUGGUGGGCAGAGCUGUGUCCUGGGCCCUCCAGGACACACUUCUCCAGGACACAUGCGACGUGCACACUUCUCAUGCCCACACCUGACACCUGACAGCUGCCGAGGAAACAUGGCCAAGGGAGGUGGGGUCCCGGUCCACGUGCACCUGGCCCCCUCCCCGUUCCCUGCAGCCCGCUGCCCCCCUCUGCCUGUCCCGUGUAACAGCCUUAAAAUAAAAGUUGGUUUUAAACAUUUCUAA